GACGCACUUAUGACGCCUGGGAUAUAACUGUGAUCUGCAGACGCCGCUCCUACUCCUCACUUCCGCUUCCUUGGAGCCCGGAGCACCGCGUCUCCCGGCUUUCCCACCGCGGCGGCAGCUGGUGAAAAUGUUAGGCCCUUUUAAGAAAAACGCCGUCAUCGGCCUCAAUCUGUAUUGCGGGGGGGCCGGCUUGGGCGCCGGCAGCGGCGCCAGCGCUUCCCCGUCCGGCGGGCGCCUGCUGACUAAUGGCAAAGGAACGGCGGUGGAGAGUUCGCCGCCGCGGCUGGACGGAGGGGAAGUGGGAGCGAGCACCACGACGACGGCAGCGGCGGCGGUAGGGUUAAGGGGCGGAAGCGGCGGCGCGAAUCCCCCCGACCCCGUGGUGCCGGGCGUCCGGGGGGUCGCGCGGCCCGCGCCCAUUGGCGCGGAGGCUCGCGACGUCACCGCCCCGCCGAGACCGUUCUUUUUCGCGCCGGGCGGCCGCUGCUCGCCCCCCGCCGAGGUGGCCGAUGGAGCCGCGGACGCCAUCCUAUCCCCCGAGGACGAGCUGGACGGUUACGAGCCCGAGCUCCCCGGGAAGCGGCCCGCUCGCCUGGCCAUGCUGCCCUUGGCCAGAGAGGGUGGGGACACAUCGAGCAAUGCCCGCGGCUCACUGCCCUCAACGCCGCCCCCGGCCGAGGAGGACGAGGACGAGGAGGAGGAUGAGUUGUACGGGCAGUCCUUGGAGUUGAUAACCCGAUACCUCCGCGAGCAGGCGGUCGGCACCAAGGACACCAAGCCCCUACGCAGUGGGAAGGCACUGGAGACCCUGCGGCGCGUGGGAGACGGUGUCCAGAGGAACCACGAGACGGCUUUCCAAGGUAUGCUUCGCAAACUGGAUAUCAAGAACGAAGAGGACAUUAAGGCCGUGUCUCGCGUGGUAACUCAUGUGUUCAGUGACGGGGUGACGAAUUGGGGCAGAAUUGUGACUCUCAUUUCUUUCGGGGCCUUUGUGGCAAAGCACUUGAAGAGCAUAAACCAGGAAAGUUGCAUAGACCCGCUAGCAGAAAGCAUAACAGAUGUCCUGGUUAAAUCGAAAAGGGACUGGCUGAUGAAGCAGAAGGGCUGGGAGGGGUUUGUGGAAUUCUUUCAUGUAGAGGACCUAGAAGGUGGCAUCAGAAAUGUGCUGCUCGCCUUUGCCGGUGUUGCUGGAGUAGGAGCUGGUUUGGCAUAUCUAAUAAGAUAGCCUUGUAAGUGCAAUAAAUGACUUGUAACCAACUCCAGGCACCAAAACUGCACACUUCUGCUGUGAAAUCAAGCUACCCAGGCUAGAACAUCCAAGAGUCCUUCUAGAGCACUGAGUAAUAGCAGGAAAAGGAAGCGAUAUCCUACCACUUUGUUUGGGUAGAAGCAAAAGGGGACUUAAAUAAGAAUAAAUACUAGUGGAAAAUGUGCCCUGCUUCAGAGAAGAACAGCCGUCUGAAAGAAGCAAAAAUGGUCUGUCUCAGCAGUAGGCAGAUCUUUGGGGAAGACCAGGAAGCAAUUUAGUAGUAGAGUUGGGAGAACUUUCUUUUGAAAAGAAUAACUGGUCAGUAGGCUUCCUUGUUGUAGAACUGUAUUAGAAAUUUUUCAUUACUUUUACAGGAUUAAAAAAAGCACUAAUAAUGCCGUGGGCUCAAGUUCUGCCUCCUAUCACAGUGAAAGUGGUGUAGCUCAAGGUGGGACAAAUUCCAAAUGUAUCCAGAGAGACCAGAUCUCUUUUUUGGGGCGGGGGAGGAUAUGGUUUGAGUGAUUUAAAGUUUAUUAGGCUUGGUAAUACUUAAAACAUCCUUGAGUUAACAGUAAUCAGUUGUAGCAACAAAAACUUUUUUUAAAGUUUUCCUCAAAAAAGAACAAAAAAAAAAACUUGUAAAUGUGUUUAUAUCUGUAAAAAUUGUAUAUAUUUUUUACAGAAAUUUAUUUCUUUGAAAUGUUAUAAGGAGAGAUUCUGUAUUUAGGGUUUUUUCCAUACCCUCUGAAAUUUGUAAUUUGGGCAAAUAAUUGGAACCUUUGUUUUCUCUAUGUAACAUUUCUGAUCUUGUAGAAUAUUUUUGGUAUUCAAAACCAACUUGUGAUGUAUUUAAAGACCACAGUUAUGAAUCAAUUUUUAAAACUACCUUUGUGUUACUUUCCUUGUGGGAUAGGGCUUAUUAAAGGAACCUGGAAUGUGGUGGGGGAGUUAAAAGUGUAGUACAUGAAAAGAUUGAUUCGUGCAACUUCUUGAACAAUUGAGCCAAAGUAAUUUUUAGAACUUUCAUUAUUGGAUUUUUUUUAAAGCAAAUAAUGGCUUUUGUGAUCAUGCCAUCGUGCAUGUCCAUUCAGUUUUGAGUUCUCCAGGUUUUUGAGUCACUUCCAUCUGACUCUUCAUGUUAUUAAUACAACUUAGUUUAUGGGGAUGGUUUUUAUUUUCCAGAACUUUUUCAUGUUUUUCAUCUUUUCUAAGUUUUUAUAACAGAAAUUGUAUAGGACUUAAUCCAUUCACCUGAGGCAAACCUGACCUUUAUUUGCUUAAAUAAACUGCAAGUAAAUGUAAAGAAAAAUUAAUCUAACCAUGGUGCUAUUAUUAGGCUUGCUUGUCAAAUGCAGGCUGAGACCUAGUGGGUCAAAAAAACAAACGUUUAUAUAUUCACACUUUAGUAUUUCAAUGAUUCCCAAACUGUGCCAAAGACACUCAACUUUGGCCUCUGUCUGAAAGCAGAUUUGCUUUCCAUUUUUCUACCAAUUUACUCUUUUCAGACAUUUACUUUUUUUGCUUCAGCCCUUCUAUAAAUAACUAUGGGACCAAUCCCUAUUAUUUCUGCUCCUUUCAGGAGAUGCCCCUGUGUGACCUCAGAUGGUCCCUGCAACCCAGCCCUUCUCCAGUAAUGAACCUUCUUGUCUCCGAGUAUUCAAAAGGUAGUGGACUGGGUGUCUUAUGUGAGCAAGGUUGGCAAUAUCUGGUGCUGGUGCCCUUUUGGUUAGCUUUGCUAAAGGUGUUUUGAUUGAAAUAUUUUUUCCCUCUCAAAGUCCCCUUGCUGUUGGGGCUUUUCAUAGAAGGAAAAAAGGUCUUGCUGUGGUUUCUUGUACAAAUGACCUUUUGGGUGGAGGGAAGAAGGAUGUCUCUGAAAAUAAUUUAGGAGAAUGACUGAACCAUUUUGUCACCUUUCUGCUUUGUUUUCCACUAGGGGACCUAAACUUUUAAAUGUGGUGUGAUAUAGAAAUGUUUAACCUCAAAAAGCUACUUAACAGUUAUUGGUCCCUCUGAAAAUAACUCUUUGUGGUAGGAGCUGGCUUAAUAUGAAAACUGCUGUGUUUGAAUUUAACUAGACCUUUAGUCUUUGGACUUUGUUAUAGGUAAAAUAAA